AUGCAGCACCUAAUGCAUUGUAACACAUCGACAGGGGUAAAACAUCUGCUUCGUUCCCUUAACACUCCGCUAUUGGGCAAAAGUCGACUUUUUUCUGCGACAGAAGAUAGUGCUGAUUUGGUCGUUAUCGGAUCUGGACCAGGAGGCUACGUUGCAGCAAUUAAAGCAGCCCAACUAGGAUUACGGACCGUAUGUGUAGAGAAGAAUAAAACCCUAGGAGGAACGUGCCUCAAUGUCGGUUGUAUUCCGUCAAAGGCCUUAUUGAAUAACUCCUUCAUGUACUAUCAAGCUAAGUCCACUGAUUUUGCAAGUAGAGGGAUUGAUGUUGGUGAAUUGAAACUAAACCUCCCUAAGAUGAUGGAGCAGAAAUCUAAUGCGGUCAACAGCUUGACUAGUGGCGUAGCUCAUUUAUUUAAAAAGAAUAAAGUGACUCAUAUUGAGGGCCACGGUACUAUUGCCAGUAAAAAUGAAGUAGUAAUACAAAAUGAAGGUGGAAAAGAACGCAAAAUCCAAACGAAGCAUAUCCUAAUUGCAACUGGUUCGGAGGUUACCCCUUUCAAGGGUAUAGAGAUUGAUGAAGAAACCUUUAUUUCAUCAACUGGAGCUUUAUCAUUAAAGAGCGUACCAGACAGGAUGAUUGUCAUUGGUGGUGGAGUCAUAGGCGUAGAAUUGGGAUCUGUUUGGCAGCGUUUAGGCAGUAAGGUAACCGCAAUUGAGUACUUACCAAAUAUUGGUGGUGCCGGUAUCGAUCUAGAUGUUAGUAUCGAAUCCGUGAAAGAUGGAAAAUCUAAUACUAACGUUGGAAUUAGUUUAGACCAGCGUGGUAGGGUGCCGGUUAACGAAAGAUUUGAAACAAUUGUACCAAAUAUUCAUGCUAUUGGGGACUGUAUUCAUGGUCCCAUGUUAGCGCACAAAGCAGAAGAUGAGGGAAUCCUGUGUGUGGAAGGAAUUACUGGACAAGCAGUUCAUCUUGAUUAUAACUGUGUACCAUCAGUGAUAUAUACACACCCUGAAGUUGCCUGGAUUGGUAAGACAGAAGAACAGUUAAAAGCUGCGAAUAUAGCCUUUAAGAUCGGAAAAUUCCCUCUUGCUGCCAACAGUCGUGCUAAAACAAAUGCCGAUGCUGACGGUUUCAUAAAAGUUCUUGGAGAUAAAAAAACCGAUAGGAUACUGGGCGUACACCUCCUGGGAUCUGGUGCUGGUGAACUAGUAAACGAAGCAGCUCUUGCCAUGGAAUAUGGAGCUGCUUGCGAAGACGUCGCAAGAGUGUGUCAUGCCCAUCCAACUGUAUCUGAAGCCCUUCGUGAAGCUAGUAUGGCUGCUUCCAUAGGCACUGCCAUUAAUUUUUAA